AUGAUUACCAUGCGCGCAAGCGUUGCAGCGAGGAUCCCAGGGCGACGUCUUCAUCUGGUAAAAAGACGAUCUGGGCGGACUACCAGAGCCGCUGGCUGUGAUAAGUUUUGUGAGAUGCAAAUAGGUAAUUCCUUUGGGUAUUGUGAACCCAGAGCUUCCGCGUAUAAUGGUCUAACAGUCUGCAUCUGUGAUAUACAUCUUAUCUAUUUCAUAGGCCUUCUGCAUAUUUCUUGCGAUCUUAUGACACUAAGCAUUGAAUUAGCCUCGACCUUGAGAAGCAAUUUGCUUCGCUUGACUAUCUUCCAUCAGUGUGUCUUAUGGGAUGGCAAUUGUCUUGCUUCUAACGUGAUUCAAUGAAGUAGACUACAGCAUUUUCUUACAUCUCCAAUUUUAUUGUCCAAUUCGUUACCUAUUAACUUUCCGAGUGUUGUGUGAAUGAUUAAUGAUUAUAGUUAUACAAGGGAGGUGGCUGUCUGCACGUGCGCAAGUCACAUCUUCAAUAAGUUGAAAAGUCUCUGAAAAAAGUAGUUCCCGUAGUUGAAAAAAGGUGAUAUUGCUAAUGUUGUUACCUAAUCUGGCUUUGUACGUUGAUCAGCGUCGUUCGACAAUCGCUUUUGUCUCGUGAUGAGGCCUUAUCUCAUGCUGUGCCGGGUACUUAUACAAGACUGCUCAAUGGAUGAGAUCGACCAUUAAUGUAAAUGGGUGCUCAGUGUCGUGUUUCUUUUCUUCAGAGGCCAAGUAUUACCAUUUUCUCUUUAUCAAUUUUUCGGAUCUAGCUAUGGCAAAGUAAGUGCGAAAUAUCUAAACAAAUACAUGCGAAGCUGCAUUAAUGAAAUACGCAAGGACAUGCUAGCGCUAUUAUAACUACUACUGCUACUUCUAACGAAGACCAACAGACCAAACUGACGUCGUGGCGUCAGCACAGAUUUUGCGUGUGCACUGAGUGAGUGAAUCCAUGGGUGAGGACGUAGGUUCGACAUUCGAUCGCAAUCAAGCCAAACCAGGUGAUGAUGCCUGUAAAAUGAUAUGAAGAAGCAGCUACUUGGUAUUAUUCAAGUGCGGACGUGUUAGUCUGAGUCUCAUAAUCCUUAUACCCGCCGUUUCUAGAAAAUUUCAAGGGAAGGAAGGAAGACUCGAUGGUAGUGCUAAGUUCACUAAAAAGAAUACCUAUGAAUGUGAGCUCCAAAGUGAGUUUUUGGGUUCGAGGCUUUUGCUGCGGAAAUACUCUGCGUGAAUGUGUUGCAUCUCCAUAUGAUAAAUCACGGCGCAGGC